ACCUCUUGUUUGCGCAACGGUCUGGUUAUUGAGACUAUCAUGGGUCGUGGUGUACUUCUUACGUCAAAUUUGCCUCAGCUGCAAAACCUGAUCAAACGCGACCCUGUCGCGUACCAGGAAGAAUUUCUUCAGCAGUGGAACCACUAUAACAGCGUUCGCCAAAUCUUCCAGACUAAUCCAGAUGAGGAGGCUCAGCAUUUCAGAGAGUUGGUGACGUUCAUUGCUCAGGUCGCUCAAUGCUAUCCAAAGCAAACGAAGGAUUUCCCUUCACAGCUAUCCUCUUUACUCCUUCAGAGUUAUGGUACUCUCUCGCCGGACACACGCAAAACUCUCGUUCAAAAUCUUGUUAUGCUGAGAAACAAGGAUGUCAUUACGUCUAUCGAGCUUCUCAAGUCUCUAUUCCCCCUCCUUCCGCGAACGACAUCUUCUCCUCUCCGGUCAUUCAUUCGCAAAACUAUUCUUUCCGAUAUCCGCACUGCCAACAUCAGGACGAAGAACCAUAAACUGAACCGUGCAGUCCAGACCAUGCUAUUCGGAAUGGUUGAGAGAGGGAUGGAGGCUGAAGUUGUAGGCGACAAGGGAAAAGCAAAGGCGAAUUCGGGUAAUGGUCAUGAAGGCGAGGAGGCUAUGUGGGCUAUUGUUCUGACCAAGGAGCUCUGGAAGAAAGGCAUCUGGAAUGAUGCAAAGACGGUAUCCAUUGUAGCACUUGGGUGUCAACAUCCUGUUGUCAAAGUGCAGAGCGCAUCCGUACAUUUCUUCCUCGGCGCCGAUGAAGACGACGAGGACAGUGAUGAUGAUGAAGACACACCGGAUGUCAGGUCACUUCAUCACCGCAGAGAAAUUAACAAGAAGACGCGAAGUGGUGACAAGAAGUUGCAAAAGCGACUCAACCAUCUUAAAUCUAAACAAAAGAAGAAGUCUAACUUGAUACCGACCAAUUUUCCUGCCAUCCAAUUGCUUAACGAUCCCCAAACAUUCGCCGAGAAGCUUUACGAUAUCCUCAACCGUUACGACAAACGUUUCUCACUUGACCACAAAAUCCUCAUAAUGCAGCUGCUUUCCCGAGUCAUGGGUUCUCACAAGCUUUGUGUUCUAGGCUUCUACACUUACAUCAUGAAGUACCUUACAUACCACCAACUGCGUAUCCCAGCGAUCCUUGUCGCUCUCGCGCAGUCUGUACACGACUUCACUCCACCAGACGCUCUUCUUCCGACGGUCACGAAGAUCGCACAGGAAUUUGUUCAUCCUGGUGUUGGGAGCGAAGUCAUUGCAGCAGGUAUUAACGCAAUUCGUGAAAUUUGUCGAAGACAGCCCUGGGCUAUGGAAGAGGACCUCUUAGGUGACCUUAUUGAGUACAGGAAGAGUAGAGACAAGGCUGUCACUGCGGCUGCGCGUGGUUUGCUACAGCUAUUCCGUGAUGUCAAUCCGGGAUUGCUCAAGAGACGGGAGCGGGGCAAGGAAGCCAGUAUGGGCCUGACCAAGGGCGUCAAGCCUUUCGGCCAUGGCAAAGAAGCAGCCGUCGACAUCGAGGGCCUUUCGCUUCUCGAAGACCAUCUCAAACAGCUCAGAACAGAGGAAGGGAUCGAGGAUGGAGUCUUCGAUGAGGAUGAUGAAGGCGCUUGGGAGGGCUGGGAUGUCAACUCUGACUCCGAUGAAUCUUCCGACGGGUGGAUCGAAGUGGAGUCCGAUGGCGACAACUUGGUAGUAAGCGAUAGCGAAGACGAGGAUGGCUCAAAGAAACGCAAAGGGAAGCAGAACGAAACGGAAGGUGAUGUCGAUGUGAAGAUGGGUGAGGAGAAGGAGAGUACAGAGGAUGCAACGACGCGGAUAUCAACUCUUGCUACAACCAAGAUUCUCACACCUGCCGACUUCGCUAUGCUCAACGAUCUACGGCUAAAGGCGGUUACAGAAGCGGUCGAGAAAGGUGGUGGAUCUGCAACCAAGCGGAAACUGGCUACGUUGGAAGCGAACAGGAAAAUUCUCGCUCAACACGGAACUGAAGAAACCUUCAUUUCAGAAAAUGAUAUCCUAGGACCCAAAAAGAAGGCCAAGGCCGAUUAUGCGGAGCGUAUCGCGUCCAUCGAGAAGGGUCGCGAGGGGCGAGAGAAAUUCGGUUCGUUGAAGGGCAAAAAGAACAAGGCCACGCCAAGCAGUUCGACCAACAAGGAGAAAACGAGGAACAAGCCCAUAAUGAUGAUCAUCGCUAGCGGAGCCGUUCGUGGUAAGAAAAAGGCAUCAUUGAGGCAGAAGCAGCGGAAGUUGCGAGCACAUAUCGACAAGUCAAAAAAGUCUCAUCACUGAUACCCCAUUCUCUUUCAUUUGAUGCGGGUCUAUCGUACAGUACAUGUUCUGUCUAGAUGCACCAAUCAGUAAUAUGAUGACCAUGGUACUAGUGUCGUCUUAUUCUAUCUGGCCCUUAGCUAGUCGCUGAGACAACUCGAAACCAGCUGCGAAGUGACCAAGCCUUGCGUCAACAGUGUAGCCUUUCCUCUCAUAUUCUACGAGGUGCAACUUGUCAUGAGCACAUUAGAAGAUAUACAAAGAUCAUCCUUUCUCAC